AUGAGUGCAAUAUCAUUAAAUCAAACAAUUACAACAACAGUUUCAACAUCUAUUCCUCUACCAAUUGAUAUAAAUUCAAGUUUUUGGUUAACAUUUUCAUUUGAAAUUCCAUCAGUUUUAUGUUCAUUAUUUAUUCUUAUAAAUUUAUUUUCAAUACGUAAUCUUCGUCAAUCAAUUCAUCAUCAUGCAAUGAUUAUUUUAUUAAUCUUAGGUCUUAUAUAUGUAUUAAUUGGUGUUUCAGCUACUGUUAGUUUUAAUCGACAUAAUCGAAAAAUAUGGCCAGCAAGUCCAAUCUAUUGUUUAAUAUGGCGUUUUGUUGAUACUGGAGUAUAUGGAUCUAUAAAUGUUUUCUUAGCAUGGGCAUCAUUUGAACGUCAUAUAUUAAUAUUUCGUCCUGCAUUAGUAAAUACAUCUAGAAAAAGAUUAUUUAUUCAUUAC